AUGGCGGCUUUUACCGGUACCAAACUUCAACGAUGUCUAUCACAGUUUGGAGGCUCGUCAUUAACCAUUAAACCAAAUAAAAGGCUACUGAAAACUAUGUUGAAGCCUAAUGCGUGUAUGGCUCGACAUUUGGCUUUCAAUUCGUUCCCCUGGAAUCAAAGCAGCUCAGGUCUGUAAGCAGAUUUUAGAUGUGUCAUUCAAUUACAUCUUAUCGAUAUUUAUCUAAAGUAUAUUUUUUCUAUUGGGUUGUAAUUUAAUUAGAUCUUUUCAUUCUGUUGCAUCAAUACUAAAUUCUCUGAACUAACAUUAUAAGAAUUGUAUGCUUGAUUGUAAGGAGAAUGACAAAUUUGAUCUGGGAGUUAAAUGGUUAAUUAAAGGUAUCAAGACUGAAAGUAACCAAGUGAACUUGCACCCGAAUUUAAUCAUCAAUCAAUCAUCAAUCAAUCAUCAAUUUUAAUAGCAUGCCUAGCCAGCUGUCCUAGAAGGCAGCCUUCUAAAAUAACUUUAGGAUACAAACUAGUCAGGUGACAAUAAAAUGGAACCUUUCUUUUGUGGUACUCCCCUAGGAAAAUGUAUUUGUAGGAGAGUAGGUUUGGGUAACAGGAAAAUGUUUCCAUGUCUGAGUUCAAAUCAGCUCAGGUCACUGAAAUAUACUUGGAGAAUUUUCCAAUUGCUGAUACCUAAUAGGUGCCUUGCUUUAAUUUAGAGGAAUCUUCCAUUUUAAGGGACACAAAUUUUGGUCCAGUGUCCAUUUUAUAUGUUAAUGGUGGGAGUGUCAGUUUGAGUUCUAUGUGGAAUGGUAAAAUCACUUCCAAUCCAGUGGAAAUCAGAAAUUGCAAUCAUUAGCAGAGUCAAAAGCAACAGUUUUAAUCCUUAGUCAUUUCCAAAUACAAUAUUCCAUUUAUCCUCCUUGUUAAGCACUGAAGUUUGAUGCUGGUAUUUUGUCUUUUCCAGACAUUUACCCCGCAGACCCUGGUGACCACUGGUUUUUUGGAGCCGUACUUUUUAGACAAACCUAUGGGUAUGUGAGCCUGAAAUGUAAAAGUUGAAGUUUUAUUUUAAAUGACAAAAAAAAAUUACACAUAUGUUGAUUGUCAUUGUUAUAUGUGAAGUACAACUAAUAAAAUCAUCUAGCACCAAAUUGAGUAUGUGCUGAUUUUCAAAACUUUCUUUUUUAUCAAAAAAUACCUGUCCUGAAUUGUAGUAAGAUGGCCUGAUAUUGAAUUAGACUUGUCAAAAGUGACAUUUUCAACUAUUUGCAGGCAACAGUCAAGCAAGGCUUAUAUGAGGUCAUUUAGGGUGAGUAUCAUAACUGAAGAUGCAGUGUUCUUGGCAUUCCUCUUGGUAUCUGGUCAUUUCAUAACCUUUUUCAUUUUAUACCCAGUUUUUUGGUACUGAAAUGCAGUCAAUUCGUACCCAAUUUUGGGUCUUUGUAUGUCUGCAGAGUUAAAGACACACAGAUAAACCAGUCAAACUACAAACUUAUAUCAUUACCCUUUGCUGUUUGCAGUAUAGCUUUCUUAUAUCUGAUUGGUUUUUCCUCUGAAACACAAAGUGAAACAGCUUAUGUACACUUCUGAUUGUUUUCCAAGAGUAACAGAAAUAAUAGGAACUUUGUAGCAGAAUUGUCUGUUUAAAUGCAGGCAAAUACUGGAGGGGUUAGAAGAUUCCAAAAAGGAGCAUGGAAAACUGAUUGUACCAGAUUAGACUGAAAUUUACAAAAUCCCUUAGUUGUAGAUGUUGGCACAUUUUUGGACAUCACUGUUUACUGACAAAAUAAGGUUAAAUAUUCUGAUUUAAAAAGGCAUCAUCCCUCUCUUUAUGACAAACAUGGUACGUAUUACAACAGUGAAAAUUAUGUAACCUUUGAUUUCUGCAGUAAAACAGUCCUUAUUAUGUUUCAGGACUGUGUCAUGAUAGUCAGCAAGUUGAUAGGUCAGAUGGAUCCCAAAAACAAUCUGAGUGGUCUUAUAGGUAAGCAAUUUGUUUGAAUGUGAAUAUGAAAGGGAUCUUCCCAGUAAUGAACACCACUGGAGCAGUUCUGAAAAUAAGGCCUGAAAAAAAAUUCAGGCCUGAAUAGGAUUUGAACCCAUAAUCUCUGGGAUACCGGUGCAGUGUUCCACCAAUUGAGCUAACAAGCCAACUGGGAGCUGGUCAGCAUGUUGGUUCCAAAUAAAUGUGUGAAGUGGUGAAAAAAUGACUGGGAAUAUAUGAAAGUCAUUUAUAUUCACGUCUUUUAUAUGAAAGUUGUAUAUUUGAACUGUAUACAGAUAAAGACGUGAAUAUGAAAGUGAUCUUCGCAGUGAUGAACACUAGUGAAAGCAAGGCCUGAAAAAAAUUCAGGCCUGCAUGGGAUUUGAACCCAUGACCUCUGCGAUACUAGUGCAGAGCUCUACCAACAGAGCUAAAAAGCCAACUGGGAGCUGAUCAUCAUGCUGGUUUCAAAUAAACCCAUGAAGUGGUAAAUAAACGACUGGGAAUAUAUGAAAGUCAUAUAUAUUCACGUUUUUAUCUGCAGUUCAAAUAUAUGACUUUCAUAUAUUCACAGAUGUAAUUGAAAAGGCCAAGCACUGAAGACCCCCUCAAAACAAUUGCCUUUUUUUAAUUUACUAAAGGAAAUAGCUUUAUUUGUUAAGCAGUUGUCUCUGUUGCACUUGUUGGAUGUAAAAUCAUUUAUCAUUGUAAUGAUCUAUAUUGUCAAAUAGACCAAAGCUUUUCUCAAAUUCUCUGCUCUUUUAGGUUCUAGACUGGAUAGAUUUCUGAAGGAAGCAUUCAAAGCUAUUUUAGAACACAACUAUAAGCUGCAUCUGGUGAGUUUUAUUUAACUGAUUUUUAAGCAUUUUUUACUAACAGGUGUGAGAUCCAAAAGAAAUGUGACAAUUUGAUAUGAAACUGCUUUUGUUUUGCCCUACUUGAUUUGUUUGGAAAACUUGUGCCAUCCUCUCAAUCAAUCAGAUGCUAAAACAAAACCUAACUCUUGGUCAUUUGCGUUUCCUGCGCUAAUUUGUUGUUAGUGUGAGUUCUGAUUGGCUCCUUUUGAUAUUUCCCAUCGAUGCAAUUGGCUGUUAUGAUUGCUUUUGUCUUGGUUAUACGACUCUCAUUUGUAAGCGCUCUGCCGUCGGUUAGGAUGACGGGAUUGGAACACCAUGUUGGGUGCCCUUUUUAGGACACACGAAAGGAAGCAUGCAGGUGAACUCACGAUCCAGCUGGAAUCUGAAUACUGUCCCGUUUAUUUAUCUCUACUCUUAGUCUGCUGAACCUUCGUUCAGUCCGACUCCAGGUCAUUUUUAGCCCGAGCCGCUAGGCGGGAGUUGAAAUGACUCUGGGAAGGGCAAAAAACAUUUAUGCCCAAGAACAUAAACGAUGUUGCUAUCAUUAUCACUUUGGAAGGCAUUGAGAAAAUUUAAACUGAAAAAUGAUGCCAAGACAGUCCGGACGUUAACGUGAGCGUGCCAGGGGGCGUAAAUACAUUUUAGUCGCCAAAAUCUUUAUUUUAGCCAGCAAAAUGCGCUGCAAUGCCCGAAAAAGUGAUAGUAAUUCCCAAUUAAGCAGAAAAUCCGGUAGGUGAUUCUUCACUUUUAUCAGAACUAAUUUCUCUGUAAUUUUGCCUUUAUUUUCUUUGAAGGAGGUGACAGAUGUGUCCAAUCUCAGCGUAAUAGGUAAUUUUAGAUAAGUUUCACUUUUUAAGUGUCAGACCGAGAAUUUUUUUCCCCUUCAUGCUUUGCGCUAAUGGCCUCUCCUGUCGUCUAUGUGGUUCACUGGUUUCGGAGAUUAUUUCUAAUCAUUCAACGGCUUUAAAUGACUGGCGCACAUCGAAAGCAGAAUCAGUUACUCCGAAUCAAUCUUCAAUCGUGAACACGUUGUACCCAUUUAUAAAGAAAAGAAAUUCUAGAACUAUUAUUAUUUUGUCCUCAAAAGAUGAGUGUCACGUACCCAGUGCAGCGGACACGGGUUUUUUUUUCAUUUGAAUUCGGAAAGUGUCAACCACAAUGUAGAAAUUGACAACACAGGUUGAUUCAGCAGCGUCUCAUGCGAUCGCCAACUCGUCUGAAUAUUACACACGUGCAGUGAAAACUUAAAAAGGCGAAAUUACAAUGUACAAAAUUAAAAGAUGGGCUGAGGCUAGUUACAAAAGAAGCGAAAUCGAAAGGAAAACGAAACUAAAUACGAUAGGCUACAACGUUCGUCUGAUCCUGUCUUUAAGGGCUUAGAGAAACUCUUAUGUUACGUAACUCGAACUGGUGAAACUUGUAAAAAACUCUGAUCUAAGUCCGUCGGUCUCAUAGCUCCAACUUCCUCGAUACUCAAGGGGCGUAUCAUUAUGAGGGUAUACAGUUGUAAACUGGUUUCUUAGGAAUGCUAGCCACAUAUCGCCACUUGUAAGUGAUUCAAACUGUGAAUAAUAGCAUCUGGAAAAUAAGGGCGUAACUCGACAAGGAAACAAAACAGAACUUUUUCUACUUUAAACUCAAAACAAAGGCAAUUAUGAAAUCAAGUUCCUCUUUAAGUGUUCAUUACAUUAAUUCAAUCUGGCGAUCUAUAAGGAGAGAAUUUGGCAUCAAAAGUACCCCCCCCCCCAAAAAAAAAAAAAAAAAAAAAAAAAAAAUUCAGUCGGCGUAGUUUACGCGGCUUAAGGAAGGGGGAGCCUUUGGGCCCAUUUUUUGAAACCCCCAUCUUGAAUGAAAACAGAACAUCCUUAAUGACCCAAGUUACCAGCACCUUUGAGAAACGGGCCCCAGCUGUUUCCAUCAAAUUUGCCACCGGCAACCUAGCGGCCGCAAAAUUUUAGCCUUGUGAGAGAACUUAUUUCUGUAAGCUGGCAGAACAUAUUUGUUUAGAAUUAUAAAUCUGCUUUACUUUGUUGCAGGUGUUCGGAGAGUGCAAGGUCCAUUAGAGCCAAACAGCGAGUGCUAUCUCUUCAGCGUUGUCGGUCAACAGUUCAUUAUUCCUCCUAUCGGCUACGAAACAAUAGAGAACGCCGGUUAGUUUCUGUCAGGUUAAACACAGUGAAAACUCUGCUGAGUGGGUAGUCGCAUUACCCCUACUAGCAGCCGUGACAUCAGCGUGCGAGCAUGCUGUUAGAAAACCACGACGGCGACGGCAACGAGGACGUGGCAAAACAAAAAAUGUAAUGAGCAGAAUAACAGCUCAGCACGUGCGUUUUAAAGCGUUGUAUAUUUCGUAGCCGUCCUCUGCGAAAUAACAACUUGAAAUCAUCAAAAUUUGCGUGGUCUGAGAAAGGAAACUCUGGCGGCAAAUUAUUUUUGUUUGAAAAUGUAUGUUCAUUUUUAAAUCAACGUCUUCCUUGGCGUUGCCGUCCUCACUGCUAAAGGUCUCCGCCCGUUGGAAGAUUGGAGACGAGUUGGGGAGAGGCCUACCUAGGGUCUGGCACUAAUAAUAAUCAGUGCCAGGCCCCUUGCAGACUUCUCACCAUUUCACGUUGCUCAAGGGCUAUUUUCUUGCGGACAAAGAAACGCUUUACAUUUGUGUGCUUGGUUGCCAAGCCUUUGAACAAGAGUGAGGCCAAGGAUGACCUCGUUAUGAUACAAAAUUUGCCGCUUUUCAAAUGUAUAUUACUUUGUUAUCAUGCUAACUAGAUACUGGUCUCUAUCAUAGCAAGGUCACCUUCAGCCUCACUCUUAAUCAAAGGCUUGGCAACUAAGUACACAACUGUAAAAUGGCCUAUUGGUCUUCAGAAGCUUGAUAUGAGCACUAAAAAACGAUGAACUGGCCAUGUCAGUUAUUGAGGAGUUUAAGAAACGACGACGGCGACGCCGUGGACAACGUCGGUUAAAAAAUGAACUUGUGUUUUACCAACGAAUCUCGCGACACUCUAAAGUUAUUUAGUUUGUUUCUCACUGUAAAAACUAUCUCGAAACUGAAUAUGGAACACAGAGUCAAAUUAGAGAUAGAGAUUUAAGAAAUUAGUCGUCGUUGCUCACGUUCUCCAGACAACGCAAAGUUUGGUCAUUUCACGUUGUUGUUUUGCAGAGGACGCAGAGAAAUUUAAAAAGAUUUAUAACGCAUGUGCACAACCAUUGUUUUGCUUAUUAAGACUUUUGUUUAGUGACUUUCUCUUUGCCAUCGCCGCCGUGGUUUUCUUAAAAUCCCUCUCCGACAGUGUUACGUACGCACGCUGUAUCGGGUUCGUUAUCUCGUGGAAAGAAUUUAACUUUUGUGAUUUCAUUUAUGAAUACGUUUGACCGAUUGAUAGCUUGUUUGUCUGACUUUGUCAUGGCUUUGAUUUCUUGGUAACAGGACUUUGAGCCCAAUUCUGAGUGCAGUUGUGUCGAUAGAGCGCUUUUUGAUUGAGUGUCGUAAAACCAAAACCAAACUAAUCACAACGGCUAAUCAGAAGAAAGGAAAAUACUUCUAUGAGCCAAUGAGAACUCAAAGGAAAAACGACCAAUUUGCCUAAAGCGCGGGAAAACGCGCGCGACCAGGUAAAGCAGAAACAAAGCAAUCCCGUAUUACUUUCGACACUCAAUUGAAAAUUUCUUGUACAAAAUGCUAGAAUCUGAUUGGUUCUUUUCAAAGAAGCUUAAUUGUUCGCCAAACUAAAGGAUUUUGAUGUUUGUUAGAAAACGACAAAUAAACGCAUUGCAAGUAUUUUGUCACGGUUUGGGCCCUCUAUAUUUAUCAAUGAACUCAUUUAAUUCAUUUUGAAAAGGUGAACUUUAAUGUUCGAUGUUUUGAAUAUUUUCGUAUAACGUUCAUUUUCCCUCUUGAUAUCCAGUAUUCUGGGAUAUUUUGUUUAUAUAUUCCUUAACCCGUUAACCCUCAAUAGAGUUUCCACAUGCAUCUGAAAAAAAUUGAAUUAAGACAUAAAGAAAUUUUUUCGUUUCUUACUCUCCUGCACCGUAAUCAUCUUCCCCAGAUUCGAUCAUGAGGUUUAUCGAAGAGCUGACUGCUGAAAAAUUCCAAAUGGUUAUCAAGUUUCGAGCAAAGGAAACGUAAGUGUUAAUUGUUUUUGUGCAGAAAUGCUCCUGCGUCAUAGCUGGGCCAGAGUAAUCUCGUACCCAGAUCCUACCGUAGAAUUUAACUGAAAUACGAGACUAGGGUCAAAGCUAUGUAUUGAUGUUUAAGCCUUUACAAAGAGUUUUCUCUUUUCAAAUUGAUGGUAUUACCUUGCGUUCUCCACCGGAAUGGCUUCUCUCCGCUUCACUUGACCUAUCCUUGAGCCAAAAAGGAAGUUAGUUAAUAUGAGAUUGGUCGAAAUUUUCACUCGGGGCUCUCUGUUUCUCUGACUUGUUCGCGGGGAAAAAAGAUUUGUUGAUGUUUUGUAGUAUUAAACCAUUUUUCUUUCCGUUCGUAUUUUCCAGAUUUUAUAUUACUGGAUCUGAUGGGGAGAUAUUAAGUGGUUCUAAAAACUCAGUUUCAUCGUACCACAUGUGGGUGUUUGAAACUACAGUUCCUCUUUCAUGGAGAGUAGCGGAUAUCGACAAUUAUGUUCACAGGAGAUCCAAAUACAAAAGAACCUUUCACCUCUUGGAUUGAGAGAACUCUCUUGAAGUCUGAAGCCCGCUCGAUCGCACGAAGUCAAAGACAGCGCCUUAAAAACGAGUUGAAAAUCUCGAUGGGUUGAGUCAGGAAUUUUUACUUUCUGAAAAUCUCUACUGUUAUCAAAAUCUCUACUGUUUUUUCUCUACUGUUAUCAGUUUUUAAAUUAAACUUCAAUAUAAGUGAAUGUUUACGAUAUCAAACUGGAAAAACGGGGCAAGAAAUAAAAAAAUUGCAUGUAAAUAGAAUAAGAGGGAGGGUAAGUUUUAAUUUCGGUAAAGAAAUACAGAAAGAUGUUUGCCGUCUUGUCACGAGCGUGGGAUAUAGAAAAAAUUCUGAGUCUCCAUGAGGAAACGAGCCUCAGACCUUUGGAUUCCGCGCUCCGAUGUUCUACCACUGAGAAACAGACUCUUCGGUGAACGAGGUCUAUUACGAAGUUCAUAUGACAUGCGUCUUGCAUACUGUGCAUACAUACUAAGAUCAGCAAUGUUUUGUAAAUAUGACGUGAGAGAGAGUAAGCUUUGAGCUCGGUAAAGGAAUAGAGAAAGAUGUUUUUCGUCUUGUCACAAGCGUGGGACAAAGAAAACAUUCUGAGUCCCCAUGAAAGCUCCUCAUAGAAUAGUUCUCCUUUAAUUAAAAUUGCUUCUUGCUACUUAUCCCCUAUCUGGAUUUCACCUCACCUCCAGAAGCUUUUUUAUGUUUGAAAUUAAGAUGGCGGAUCUCACGUUACUUCCUUUUUUCAACACGUCAUUUUAUUGUUUUAACUCUUUACAC